AUGCCGUCGCAAGCCACUAGCGUUACCGGCUCGUCUGUCGGUCCACAUAGUACCGGUAAUGCCCGUAGUGUAGGAAUUUCCGAGCUCGCUGUGCCGGAGUUAGACAGCAACGUCUCUACCGAAGAUUUCUCUAGUGACUAUCUGAGCGCGUGGACCGCGAGUGCCCUGGAACCGGAGAGUCGAAUAGUAGAGCCGCAUGAAGAGAUAGCGACGAGCAACUUGGAUGCCGCCUCCGUUUAUUCUCCGAAUCAUUAUCCAGCUCCGCCAUUGGCGUAUCGGAUAGAGGAACCGUAUGAGAUCGAGGAAGACUUGAUAGAUGAGGACACGUUAGACUCAACACGAUCAGUCAACGAACUGGACCUCAACUACAUAAUAGAAAAUGGCCGACGAUAUUGCGGGUCAUAUUACAUGCCAAAUGACGACGAUGAGCAAGUCCGGUUGCAGUUAAUCAACCAGGUUUAUUUAAAGACGUUCGACGGCGAAUUGACGAGCGUGCCUUUAGAAGCGCCGACCCAUAUCCUAGAUAUUGGGACUGGAGUUGGCGAAUGGGCCAUAGAUAUGGCUGAGCUUUAUCCCGACUGCGAAGUAACCGGAACCGACAUCGCCAACAUAUUUGAGCGACGCGUCCCUCAGAACGUUUUCUGGGAAAUUGACGACGCCGAGAUAGAAUGGGAACGGCCGCCGAAUCACUAUGACUUAGUACACUUGCGAGAUCUGGCCGGGUCGUUUUCCGACUGGCAGAGCAUCUACCGGUACGCCUUCGAUUGUAUCAAGCCAGGUGGAUGGAUCGAGGUGUUAGACUUCGAUGACCACAAGGGGAUGUCCAACUUACACUCCCUCUUCGAACCCGAUUCGAUCGUGUGCAGGGUGGCCAAUGAUCUUGUCGAAGCCUCCAUCAUGCAUGGGAGGCCACACGGCGUUGCUCAUCUGGAGCCUAGAUUCCUGGUUAAUGCGGGCUAUGUCGAUGUCCAACUGACGGAACACGCUAUCCCUCUGAAAACCGACGACGGCUCGACGGGAAAAUUCUGGCUUCUAGCUAUGCUAAACGGAGCUGAGUCGAUCUGUCUAAGGCUUCUGACUAAAUACAAAGGAUGGGACCCUGAAGAAGUUCGUCUAGCUUGUAACAUCAUCGGCCAGGAAAUGAUGACGAUGGCGCUCAGGCCUAAGAAAUCCAAAAGUUUCGUCGUCAAGGUCCGGGUAUUGAAAGGGAGGAAACCAGGUCUACUUCCGCGUUGGUCUAGGGGACCAUCUCGCGAACCAAGUCAGCUUAUACAGCAAAAGCUGAUGGAGAUGCUGGAGGAUACUGAGGCGGAGGAUAGUCAACCGACAGACGGAGAAAGCGGAUACCUCUCGAUGCCAUCUGAGAUGAGAAGCGCUGCACAGAGUACUUCUUUCGCCUCUAGUUUCGAGCAAACACGCCCGAAUCGCACACAGACAGUGUCAGCUACGACCGAGUCAACGGGGUGUUGA